AAAUGUGCGAAAAGGCGGCCACGAUGAUGAACGGCGGAGGGCAUGCAAUCAAGAAGUUCCUGUCGUACGAGCGCGAUCUCAAGCCGGAGGAACCGCAGCCCGAACAGGUGGUCGCCCUCACCAAGGUAUACAGAGAUCUGUUGCAUGGAAUCAGGGAGGACCCGAACCGACAAGGCCUGCUCAAGACACCAGAAAGGGCCGCCAAGGCAUUUCUCUUCUUUACCAAAGGAUACGAGCAAACUCUGCAAGAGGUCGUGAACGACGCCAUCUUCGAGGAGGAUCACGACGAGAUGGUGAUCGUCAAAGACAUCGAGAUGUUCUCCAUGUGCGAGCACCACCUGGUGCCGUUCAUCGGAAAAGUAUCCAUUGGCUACCUACCAAAUAAAAAAGUAUUGGGACUUAGUAAACUAGCCAGGAUUGUAGAAGUUUUCAGCAGACGUUUACAAGUUCAAGAGCGCCUCACUAAACAAAUCGCCGUUGCCAUCACGGAGGCUAUCGGACCCACAGGCGUUGGAGUCGUCAUAGAGGCAACGCACAUGUGCAUGGUGAUGCGGGGUGUUCAGAAGCUGAACAGCAAGACCCUCACCAGCACGAUGCUCGGAGUAUUCAGGGAAGAUCCCAAGACGAGGGAGGAGUUCCUCUCCCUCAUCCGCCAGUAGAUGGCACUUCAAGAUGAACCUUCAGCCUUUAUUCAUUUAUGUGUGCAAGUCAACAGUUCCUAUCAUGCUGGGAUGCCAAGUAAAGUAAUGUUCAAUACAGAAAGUACCUCUAUCUUAAAAUAUCGAACGUUUCGAAUUGGCUUACUUUAGGAAAAAUAAAUGCAAGGAUUGAAAUUCAUUGGUGCAAGCCAUUUCUAUUAGUACAAAGAAAAGGGCCAAUAUUAUACGGGAAAAUCAAGGAAUAUAUGUAUAUGUAUGCAUUUGACGCAAAUCAUAAUGUAGCUUUCGAGGCUCUAUGAAUGGGGAGAAAAAACCGAUUACCAUAAUGCAGGAUUAUUCAAAAUGAUGAGCUCACUUUAACUAAUUUGUAUUUAAUGAAGUACGAAUUGGACAUGAAUAAUGUACAUGCCCAUGAAAAGUGGAAAUUUCAAAGUUCUUUUAACACAGGUUAUAAAUGCCUCCCAUUUUCUGCAUCUAAUCGAUAACCAAAUUCACCCCCCCCCCACAAUAAAAGGACGUCUUGUGCUACUGAGUGCACCGCAUUAGUGACACUGUUCCGCAGGUUGGCCAGAGUUGUUGGGAAAGGUGGGAUCUAAACAAGCUCCUUUUCUUUUAUAGUAUACAGCCCUACAGAAAAAGCCACAUGGCGUGAGAAUCUCGGUGGACUGGAGUGUAGGAGAAAUGCCCUGUUGACGCAACGCUCACCGCCCUGGCGGUGGUAAACAAAACUUGCUCUUUCCUUCGGUGUGUAGACUGUUCAUAGACAAUUCAUAGUUCGUCAAAUGCGAAUUAAUUAAAUCGCGUUCAUCUUUCAUAGAGAAUCCCGUAAUUGGCAAAAAAAUAAGAUUUCUUUCUUCUAAUAACUGCUUGAGUUAAACAGCGAUAAUGCUUACGAAAGAUACCGGGUGUUUCAAAAAUGACCGGUAUAUUUGAAAAAUGAAUAAAAACUAAACGGCCAGCGAUAGAAAUACACCGUUUGUUGCAAUAUGCUUGGGACAACAGUAAAUUUUCAGGCAGACAAACUGGCGAAAUUAGUUACAAUUUUCAACAACAGAUGGCGCUGCAGUCUGGAAAAAAAUCUAAACUACGAUAUUUUCUAAAUAUCCACCAUGCGCAGCAAUAACUUGGCGUAGUCUCAGAAUGAAAUGAGCAGAAACCCGUGUAAACGUCUCAGGCGGGAGGGCUUCACAUGCAGAACAGAUGUAUUGCUUCAGUUGUUUAAUUGUUUCUGGAUUGUGGCGGUUCACCUGGUCUUUCAAGUGUCCCCACAGAAAGAAGUCACAGGGUUCAUGUUUGGCGAAUAGAGAGGCCAAUCCACGCCGUUUCCUACAUGUGUGGGAUAAUCCAAAGCAAUCACACGAUCAUCGAAAUGUUCGUUCAGGAAGUUAAAGACGUCGGCCGUGCGAUGUGGCCGGGCACCAUCUUGCAUAAACCACGAGGUGUUCGUAGUGUCCUCUAAAGUAUUUUGUACCUCCACACAUUCACGAAGAAUGUCCGAAUAGCGUGGUGCAGUAAUCAUUGCUAAUCUGAAAAAUGGACCAAUGAGUCCUUUGGAAGAAAUGGCGGCCCAAACCAUUACUUAUUUCGGAUGCAGGGACGAUGGAACUACAAUACGGGGGUUUUCGGUUCCCCAUAUGCGCCAAUACUGUUUAUUGACGAAGCCGCCCAGGUAAAAAUAAGCUUCGUCAGUAAACCAAAUGCUGCUCGCAUGGGUAUCGCCGCCAUCAAUCCGUUGCAUCAUAUCGUUAGCGAAUGUCUCUCGUGCAUUCAUGGCAGCAGCGCUGAGGGGUUGCCGAGUUUGAAUUUUGUAUGGAUAGAGGUGUAAACUCUGGCGCAUGAGACGAUACGUGGACGUUGGCUUUAUUUGGACCGCAGCUGCAACACGGCGAACGGAAACACGAGGCCGCUGUUGGAUCACCUGUUGCACAAGCUGAGCAUUGCCCUCUGUGGUUGCCGUACGCGGUCGCCCUAUCUUUCCAGCACGUUCCCAGUCCGUUGAAAUUUUUUAAACAGAUCCUUUAUUGCAUCGCUUUUCGGUCCUUUGGUUACUUUAAACUUUCGUUGAAAACUUCUUGUUGCAACAACACUGUGUUCUAGGCGGUGGAAUUCUAACACCAGAAAAAUUCUCUGUUCUAAGGAAUAAACCAUUUUUUCACAACAAACUUGCAAUCUGUGAAUAGCACACGCUUAAAGCAGAAAGAUGACUUACAGAAUGGCGAACUCACAGACUGCGUUUUCUUCUAUAUCUUUCAAAUUACCUGCAGCGCCAUCUGUUGUUGUAAAUUGUAACUAAUUUCGCAAGUUCGUCUGCUUGAAAAUUUACUGUUGUCCCAAGCAUAUUGCAACAAACGGUAUAUUUCUAUCGCUGCCCGUUUCGUUUUUAUUGAUUUUUGAAAUAUACCGGUCAUUUUUGAAAUACCCGGUAGUUUCAAUCCAUAAAAUUGCAAUUCUAAUGCCUUUUCAUCUCGUUGUGUGAUAACCCAUCUGCGAUAUUCAAGCGUUCGCUUCGUACGAGGGAGAUGCGGAGAAAUUCAACCCUUUUUAUAACAAAUUAUAAGUUGUGUAAGAAUCAUUUUUCACGAUAAAAAAAAAACUAAAUAUAUAAUUAAAUUUAUAGUCUAUUUUUAAUGUUUCAAAAAACAGCAGGCAAACAGAAUAAGUAGUAAAAAAUUUCAUCUCCUAAUAUGUCUCAUUUUUCUGGAAAAUAAUUCCACUGUUGAAAAAAAAAAAGUCUCACUGGUUGGUGUUAACAUUAUUUUUAAAAUGUGACACUUUUUGAACCUAUUUCCUCCUUUCCAUUUUCAUUCUUAUAUUUCCUUACAAAAAAGCAGAAUAUCCCAUUUUUUAAUAUUAUUUUUGCUUGUUUGUCGGAUAUUAUAUUAUUUUUUAAAUAUACUUUAAACAAAUGUUAUAUGCAUAAUUUAUGGAAUGGCUGAUUAAAAAAAUGAGUAGAAUCAUCGGUAACCAUUUUAGGUCCAAACUCACAAUGGUAUCAGUUUCUCAUUUCGAUGUUUAUUUCCAACUAUGUGAAAGAUUCAAAUACCUGCAGCGGUUGCAAUUCUGCUCAAAGAUUUUUUUUAGACAACUCAGUCCGAAUUAUCAACAAAGGCUGUCUCCCAAAUUGCCAGUAGGCAAAGUGCACUGAAGGAUUCACGCUGGAAUAGAUAUAUUUUGUCAGCUUCGAUUAUAUGGUUAGAAUUGUUCAUACGUCAAUCACUGGUGACCGACGCUCUGCUUUCCAUUCAAACCAUGUCAAUCCCCGGCGACUGUCAAUAUGCUUUCUUUUCGAACGACGUCGGUUGCAGGUGAUUAACAAUGCGUUUUUUUUUUUUUUUUUUGUCGUCCAUCAGUCUAUUGAUUGAGUACUUUCUUUCGGAUCGGAGCGGUCACCGAUAAUUGACUGUAUAGAUUUCGUUCAAGAGGUGUCAAUCAUCUGUGACUGUUAUGUUGACUGAGAAAUUCAAUUUAAAAAUGAUAUUCUAUUAUUAAAAAAUAUCUAAUAAAAAUAAGAGAAUGUAUUUAAAUAAUUUUAAAAAUUUAAUAUAAUGAAUGUUAUCUAACUGCACUUGAAUUUGAUGAAGAAGAUGCCAUUCUUUCUUUCUUCUUGUAAUAUGUAAAAGCGGUCGCAUUUAUUCCAUACAUAUGCAAUAUCUACAAACAUCAUCGGCCACCACAUAUGGAUGAAAUCAGAUAUCGAGGAUUAAAUGGAAUAUUCGCCUAAAUAGGCUUGACACUAAAUGUGUUAAAUUUCAUAGACUAGUAUGAAAUGCACUGAAAACUUUUCUUAUUGCUCGACAUUCAUUACUUGGCACUCGUAGCCUAGAAUGGUUAUAUGGUAUUUGCGCUCAAUAAAUUUCCCCUUUUCCUCUCAAGCGUCAAGAAAGGCUACCACAUUAUAAACAUUAUCUUUGCAUGUAAGAUUUGGCGAUUUGACAAUGUACGCCAAAUGGUAAUCAACUCACUAUGAGUAAGAAUGAUACUCCUUAUCUCUGAUAACGAAACGAAACUUCCUUGAGAAAAAUGCUGAUGACCCUUACCACGUUUCAGACGAGUAUUGAAAAUAAUAUAUAUAAAAUGUGAGAAAUUUGCUUUAAAAAUGUAUUUAUUAAAAGGAAUACGUUUAUAAUUUUCCCACACGGAAGACAUUUAUAAAAAUUAUAAUUCUGAUGUGCAUAAUACAAAUUUAAUCUAAUAAAAUGAAUUAUAAUUUUUAGUUUUAUGAGGAUUUAAUCUUUAUAUCUCUUACGGUUUAACUUUAUUUAACAAAAUGAAAAAAAAAAGAUACAUAGAAAGGGCUUUAAAUUCAAAUUUAAAUGAAUAUCAAUAAUGUUUAGUUAUUUCUAUAUGUAUUUAUGCUUUUAUGUAUAUACAUUCCACAAAUUGAUACUUGAAAUGAGCUAAUGUAUCUUUUAUGUUAAAGCUGUUCAAGUAAGGUUUUUUUUUUUUUUUUUUUUCAAAAUAAUAAGCUUUUUGAAUAAAUGAUAGGAAUAGUAAUAAUUGUAAAAACAGCUGCUGGUUAAUUCUCAGGAGAAAAAAAAAGCAUAUUUUCAAUAAGAAAAUGUUGAUAACUACUGAAAUUCCUUCAAAUCUGAAAUAUAUUACUUCAUUUUCUAGCUUAUUUACUGUCAGAUUUAACUAUACAUAAUCCAAUGUACCAGAAACGACAUUUAAAUGCAACACCUAAACGGCUACAUAAAAAAAUAAUAUGAAAAUAAUAAAAAGGCGUUAGAAAUUUUUUAAAAAAUGAAUAUAAUUUCUAAAUAAUUCUUUUUCAAUAUUUCAUAAUAUGCAUUAUAUGGUCACUUACAUUUAACAAAAAAAAAAAAAAGAAUAAAUUAAUUGCAAAGAUUUCUGUCUCUGACAUUCAACAUAGUCAAGACUGUUCCGCGUUUCUGAAAGCUUAUCCGCAAUUUUUGUUCAUUUGUAUGAAACUAAAAUUAAAAAAAAAAAAAACGUUUUGAGAGAUUCAAUUAAAUAACUUGGUAGAAAUGUUACUUUUUUCAAAAUAGAAAUUAUGAUUAGUCCUAUAUAAUCAUGAAUUGGAAGAAAAAUAGUUGUAAAAUAUGUUGUUACACAAAUGCUAAUACACAUUAAAAAGCACUUUUUAAAAGUUUUUAUGAAAGUAGUAACCAACUUAAUUUAUAAUUCAGAUUUAUGGUUGCUAAAUUUACUUAGCUUGUUCUUGAUCGCUUACUCACAAGAGCAUAUUUAACUUCAAAUUCUAUUGGACAUGUAACAUUUACUACUGCUCUAAAAACCUUAUACUUCACUCUCUUUUCAUGCAAUGCAUCUCUUUUAAUUUACAGUAAUCUCAACAAAAAUGGGAACUUGAAAAACGAAAGUGUUUAAAUUUCAACUAAUACAAAAACUUUCUCAUUCAGCAUUGGUUAUGCUCAUUACAGAUAACAUUCUUAUCUAAUAUUAAUUAAUUUCACUAACAUUGAUCCUUAAAAAUACAAUAAUUUAUUACAUUAAGGAGUAACAGGAUUUAAACAUGGAUACACUUUCUAAAAAUUACAACGCUGUAACUUCAGAAAAAUUACAGCAUAAAAUUGAUUUUUGCAUUAAGAUAAAACUCAAAAAUUUUUCUUUUUUAUGAUAUCAGUGCUUUAAUCUACAAAUUAAGUUUCGAUGUUUAACAAGCAUUUAAAGAAAUAUUUUAACUAUAUUUUUCAACAAUGUAUUUGGCACAAAAUAAAAAAAUUUAAUCUGCAAGAGCACGUCAAUGGGAAAAAAUUAGCUUUUAUGAGCCUGUUGCCAUCACAUUGACAGAAGUUCCAAUUAAAAAAAUAAACCAACUAUUAUUGUAAAUUAAAUAUAUAAAAGUGUAAAUUUCAGCAAGUGUCUGUGUGAAGCGAAAAAAUUUGAAAUAUAUUUUUUAAAAAUUAAAUGGAGGAAAAGAUUUCUAUGACCUUUUACAAUAUCUAUAGUAUUAAUUAAAUCAAACAAUUAAAUUUAAGGCAAACAUGAUUUAAUAUAUCUAUUGGAUAAUCACUGUAAUCAGCGCCCAUCAAUUAAUUUUAAUCAUCAUUUUAUGAACUCUGACAUAAAUUAGUAAGUAAUACAAUGAACAGAACUGUUUAAGGCCUACAUAAUAGUAUGACUGAAUUAUAUAACUAUCAAAAUCUGAAACUUUGAUAGCUAAAUAUUUUGCAGUCACCAAAGGCGGCUAGUUUCUUAUAAAGAUAUUGCUUAGUGAACUAUUGUAAUAUAUAUACAUACACAUACAUUUUUUCCCUUUUAUGAGUAUAGAUAAUAGCGAUUUUCAAGAAAAUUCAUUCAGAAAUAUGAGAUUGUUUAAAUAUUAGUAAAUAAAACAGAUAUAAAUUCUCUUAUAUCUUACUUAAAUGCAUUUAAUUCCGCUAUUUGUUUUUCUGAUAAAAACAGUCUUACUUUUCUAUUAAUAAUCGAAUUAAUUAUCAUUUAUUGCAAGAUAUAUGUAUGUACAAGAUCUCAUAAAUGCAAGAUCAAAUUAAAUUUUUACAAAAAAAAAAAAAAAAAAUACAGACAAAA